GCAUGUUGGUUUCAGGUUCCCACCGCAUCGUGGCGCUAAGUGCAGUGUUGGGUGAAAGUGCGUUGCGGAGUUUUUCUUUUUCUGCAAAUUAAAGUGCAUGUUUGUGGUCUAAAAGGUGAAAAAAUCAGUGAAAAUGACGGCCACCGAUCAAAUGCGUGCCAUGCUUGAUCAAUUAAUGGGCACAGGACGCAAUGGUGAAGCAAAUCGAUACACAUUGAAGUUCAACGAUGGCAAAGUGUGCAAAAGUUUCCUUCUCGGAUGUUGCCCCCAUGAGAUCUUGGCCUCCACGCGUAUGGAUUUGGGUGAAUGUCCCAAAGUUCACGAUCUUGCUUUGCGUGCUGAUUACGAGAAGGCAUCUAAGAAUAAGGACUAUUACUAUGACAUUGAGGCAAUGGAACAUCUUCAGGCUUUCAUAGCUGAUUGCGAUAGGCGCACUGAUGCUGCUAAGAAGCGCCUAGCUGAGACACAGGAGGAAUUAACAGCUGAAGUGGCGUUGAAAGCCAAUGCUGUUCAUCAAUUGGCUGAAGAGAUUGGCAAGAAAUUGGCCAAGGCUGAGGCUCUGGGAGAAGCUGGACAAGUUGAGGAGAGCAUGAAAUUGAUGGGAGAGAUUGAUGAAUUGCGUGCGCAGAAGGUGAAGGCAGAACAUGAAUAUCGCUCAUCGAUGCCAGCCAGUACAUACCAGCAGCAAAAGUUGCGUGUCUGCGAGGUUUGUUCCGCCUAUUUAGGUAUUCAUGACAACGAUGUGCGUCUAGCUGAUCACUUUGGCGGGAAGCUUCAUCUGGGCUUCAUGGCAAUUAGGGAGAAACUGAGCGAUCUCGAGAAAACUGCCGGACCACGAAAGGCAGAUCUCAGGAAGGGGGGAAGGAGUAGUGAACGUGAGUAUGAAGAGAGAAAGUCGCGGUACUAUGUGGGAGGGAGGGAAUUGGACAGGAGAUCGCGGGUGCAUCGUUCAAGGAGUCGCGAUAGGAAGACAAGCGGAAGCACCAGCAAAUCCAGUCGUCGAUCUAGAUCCCGAUCACGGAGCCGUUCCCGUAGUCGUCAGUCAUCCCGGAGGCGAUCGUAUUCCCGAGAACGUGAUCGCAGAUAAAUUUCUACCAAGGUCAAAGUUCAAUUUCUUUUCAGCUUUUUUUUUUGAAGGAAUACAAAUUGAGAGAAAAUCUAUAAAUGCAAGAAUUUGUCCAGAUUAUGAGCAUACAAUCAUCUUCAUGAAAUUCCGAUCGUGUAUUAGGGAGUGACAGAGACAGAGGAUUUCAGUAAAACAAAAAACAAAAUUAAAAAAAAAAGUGAGAAACAGGAUAAAUUGAGACGUCUCGGGAGAUGACGUACACAAAGAAAAUUGCAAAUGUAAUUUACAUACAAAACAAUAGAUUUACAAUCUGAAUGUCUAUGUAGAAAUUUCUCAUUUAUUUAUUAGAUGUACGAAAAAUUACAAUUGAAGAUUGUAAAAGUCUUUUAAUUAAUAAAAAAAUGAUUGUAAAACUUAA